GGCGACUCCUCCUCCGCGCAAUCCUCCGCUCCCACCCCCCAUCCCCGCCGCAAUCAAUCCCAAUUGACCGAUUAGGACGCUGGCCACAGCGCCAGUGUGUAUCGCAGCGCGAUGGUUUCCUCCUUCUGCUGGAGCUGCCUUACGCGGCUUCCUACCGCUCCCCGAGCUAUCCUCCCGCCGACAUUAACAGCACAGCGAGUAGCAGCAUUCCACUCGUCAACGCCGCUCCUCGCAGGAGCUAAGAAGAAGGGCGAUUUACCGGUUGCCAAGUACCGUCAAGCUAAAUCCGCCAAAAUGAAGAAGAAGAAGCCCGUUGAGAGGACGCGUCCUCCGGCUGUCGGAGAACGCAGAGCGCUCCGCAAACGCAUCGUCCUCAGCAACCCUAACGCUCUUGAAGUCGAAGGCAUGCAGGACCUCUCUGCCGAAAACAUGGUGGAUGCGCGCCUUCGUGGCUCCAUCCUGGGUCUUCCUGUGCCCAUGCUCGAUCAAUUGAGGGCUGUCCAGGCUUUCAAGCCCAAGCAGGGCUGGUCUAUAUUCCGUCGGCCGGGAACGGUGGUGAGGCGUGAGACGCUCGAGCUGGGAAGACUCAUUGAUGGUAUCUCCGCUGAGGAGGGUGAGAACAAGGGAAAGGUCGUCAGGAAGAUCAUCACCGGUGUCAAGGGCUCCGGGAAGUCCGUCCACAUGCUGCAGGCCAUGUCUAUGGCUUUCACCAAGGAGUGGGUUGUGAUCACGGUUCCUGAAGCCCAGGAUCUCGUCAUUGCCAACACCGCCUACGCACCCCUCUCCGAUGAGAACCCGAACGUCUACGUCCAGAACGAUGCCACCGCCGCUCUUCUGUCUCGCAUCGUCACCGCAAACCAGAAGGUUCUGUCCAAGUUGACCGUCUCCCAGCCCCAUCCCGCUCUGAAGACGGCCGUCAAGCCCGGCAUGACCCUCGAGGCUCUCGCCAAGCCCGGUAUCCAGGACCCCGCUGUUGCAUGGAGCGUCUUCCAGGCCCUGUGGACCGAACUCACCGCCACGGCCCCGGCCGCCGGCUUCGAGAAGGGCUUCAAGCCCCGUCCUCCCAUGCUCGUGACCCUGGACAACCUGGCCCACUGGAUGAAGGAGACCAAGUACAACAACAUCGACUGCAAGCCCAUCCACGCCCACGACCUCGUCUUCGUCCAGCACUUCCUCUCCCUCCUGAAGCCCAGCACCGAGGCCGGCAAGCCCUCCCUCCCCAACGGCGGUCUCAUCCUCUACGCCACCUCCGGCUCCAACAGCCCCACCAUCUACGGCUUCGAAGUCGCUCUCCAGCAGCUCGCUGCCCGCCAGGCCGGCAUCAAGCCCUCCUCUCCGGAAUUCCCUCAACCCGACCCCUACCUCAACGCAGACAAGCGCGUCCUCGCCGUCUUCAACGACUCCGCUUCUACCAAGUCUCCCGCCUCCAAGGACGGCUCUCUCGAGAUCCAGACCAUCGGCGGUCUCACUCGUGAUGAGGCCCAGGGCUUCAUGGAAUACUUCGCCCGCAGCGGUCUCCUCCGUGAGAACAUCACCGACGCCUGGGUUGGCGAGAAGUGGAGUUUGGCCGGUGGAGGCGUUAUCGGUGAGCUCGAGAAGCUCGGUAGACGUCUGAGAGUCAUUGCUUAAUGGUCUAUCUGUCUGUCUGGUUUCAUCUCCCUCCCCAUGGCGUGCAUUAGAGACUCUGUAUGUGUAUGUAAAGAUUAUACUGGCUUGCCAUGUGCUUUCCCAUUUUGUUGUCUUCUUUCUAUCUCCCCAUUUCUCUUUUCCCUGUGACCUCCAUCCUGCUGUGCCAAUGGAUGGGUUCGAGACAUCUAUCUAUCUAUCUCCCUGUAUUGUAUUUUAUCUUACUAUCUUGAUCAUUUUGGGCUUCCUGCGCGUUCGUCUUCGUCCCUGUUCUGUCUGUAUGCAUAUAAUGAAAUAUCGA